AGUCGUUUGCCUUCAGUCUUGGACACUUGACGGUAACCCGAACCUCGAACCAGACGUUGCAAGGUUCAUCAACAAGCCAAAUCCUCACCUCACCUCAAGUGUCGUCACACGUUCGGAACCGAAGGUCCAGUUCUGAGUUCCGGAUCCAGCUGGAGCAUCAUGGCGUCCGGAGUACCCAUCGUGAAUGGCGACGUCGACUUCUCUCCCAGCUCGGCGGGUACUCUUGAUGAGAUGCUGGUCCAGAUGAACGUCCUCAUCCAGGAGAACCGCAAUCUAAAAGAGACUCUGCGUAAGGCCAACCUGAUGAUGAAAGAACGUAUCGAGGGUCUGUCCACGUGGCGCGAGAAGCAGCAGGGCGAGCGGGAGCUGCUGGAAAAGGGGCUCGAGAAGGCCCGGGUUCAGUUGGAGGCCCUGGCCGUUGAGAACCAGGAGAUGAGGAAGAAACUGGCUGAGUCAACCACGGUGUCCAGCGCUUUGGACGACUUGCCAGCAAAAGACGCCGUUCGCAAAACCGAGGUGGAUACUUUGCGUGCCCUGGUGAGCCGACUGCAGGCGGAGAAGAACGACCUGGUGGCUCUGAACUCUGAGCUGCAGCUGAAGACGGACCAGAACUCGCACGAGGACUCCUUCGUCGAGGUCAUCACUCUGUCGGACAAAAGCGUCAUCGGCAUGAAGGGUGCCGGCGAGUGUGGCAAAUGUCCCGACGCGAGCAUGACAGCAUCCCGUCUGGACAGCGAGGAGGUGACCGUCAGCCAGCUGCUGCAGUCCCUCAGGAACGAGACCCAGCGAACCGAGCAGCUCCAGGCCGAGCUGCACGCCACCGUCGACAAGAUUAGAACGAUGGAAGAGAGGAGGAAUCAUUGUGUUUCCGUGACAACACAGACCACAACAACAGGAGACACCAGAAACAAUACGCAGAAGGAUCAGGUCGCAUCGGAGUUCAUCAGAUCUCAGAUGAGGAGGCUGUUUAAAGAGCUCCAGCAGGCCCAGAGCAAGCUAGAUGAUGCAGAAAGCAUGAAGAAGAACCUGCAGGACCGAUGUCACGAAGUGGAGAACGACACAGCGGUUCUGAAGGCCCAGCUGGGGGACAAGCACGCGGUCAAAACGGAGAACGAAGCGCUCAAGCUGCAAAUAGAGAGCAUGCACGCGCAGAGUUUAAUCGCGCAGAAGAAGGCUGGGGAAGAAAGGAGCAACCUAGUCCAGCUGAAGGACGCCUACACCAAGCUAUUUGAAGACUACAAUGAGCUCAAGGAGGAGGGGAAGAGGAGAGAGGCCCAGCUGGCGAGCAGGGAGGCGGUGGACGAGCUGCGAGGUCGACUGAACGCCGCCGAGGAGGCGCUGGCCGCCAAGCAGGAGCGCAUCGACGCCUUGAAGCAGGAGAUGUUCGUGAAGGAGAAGGAGCUGGAGACCAUCUCGGUCCUGCAGGCGCAGGCUGAAGUGUACUCGUCUGAUUUCUACGCGGAGCGGGCGGCGAGGGAGAAACUGCACGAGGAGCGGGAGCGUCUGGCUAUCCAGCUGGAGUACGUGAAGAAGCAAAACAUCCACUUGCAGGAAGAGAUGGAGUCCAUGAGCCGGCAUAAAUUAAGCGAGUUUCAAAGGAGACAUCUGGGAAGCCCAAACGCACAAGAUGCAACCUUAGUUGCAAGAGGGACUGACUGGGAGCAUCGAGGCAGCGUCCCCGAACACGUUUGCCCCAAGUGUAACGAAAUCCUGCCGGAUAUGGACUCCUUGCAGAUCCACAUCAUGGACUGCAUCAACUAGCCAUCACUGUUCAUUUGAUUUUUUUUUUUUUUUUUCCUCGUGAGCACUUUAAUCGGAGUCUUCCACUGAUUGCAACCCACUGGCUCCCGAAUGUCUCGUGCAGGUUUAAGAAUAGCUUCACUUUUUUUUUUUUUUUUUUUACUUUUGACGUAGUUUUGCACAGUGUUAACGUUUGUUGGGAUGAGUCGAGCCAAGCUGAAUCUCGAGGUUAAGAGUCUUUGAAGCUGUAACUUGGGGAUUUUGUAUCACUGGGUAUUUUUUUUUUUUUUGGGGGGGGGUAAUUGUAUCAUCUGGCAAA